ACACAGACAAUUCUCCCGCUAAAAGUUGACCCGUCCAUGGCUGCUUGCAUUACCAAACCUCCAAGAAAUUUCUCAACCCACUUUGGGCCUCUAUUUACUUGCACCAUUAACACUUCACUGCUUAUCGCCAUUUGCAGACAUCCAUCGCCAAAUCGAGAAUGUACUAGCUGUUUGUGGAUCAAGUACAUAGAUAGCAAGAUCGUUGCUGGAAAGGCUUCACUACAAAGAAAUUGUGGAGAUGAAGUUCAAGCAGGAAAGAUACGUGAGGUUUAAGGAUACAAGUCCGGAGCAAUCUUAUCGUUUUGAUCAGCGAAUGCCCACAACAUAUGGUCUAUAUCAUAUGAAACUUAAGCUAUCUUUUAGCUCACUGAAGAAUAGCAUCCAAAGAGGAGUAAAGCAGGCUUCUGAAGGGGUUAGUGGCUUGAAGAAUUCACUAAUCUUCCAUCAGUCAAGGGAUAAACCAGCAAAAAACGAAGUUGCAAAGAAGAAAAUCCUAGACCCACAAGGGUCUUUUCUUCAGCAGUGGAAUAAAAUAUUCGUAAUAACUAGCAUUAUUGCUGUAUCUUUAGAUCCACUGUUCUUCUACAUUCCUGUCAUGAACAGCAAUAAAAUGUGCCUCGAUUUGGACAACAAUUUGAAGAUCAUUUCUUGUGUUCUUCGAACUUUGUUCGACCUCUUUUAUAUUUUACAUAUAAUCUUUGAGUUCCGCACCGGAUUUAUUGCUCCUCCUUCUAGAAUCUUUGGAAGAGGUGAAUUGAUCGAAGACUCCUUCGCUAUAGCAAAACGAUACUUCUGCUCCUACUUCUUCGUAGAUCUAUUGUCAAUUCUUCCGCUUCCACAGGUAACAAUUUUGUUCAUCAUACCAAACAGCAAGGGACCAGUUUCAUUAAUUACAAAGGAUUUGCUGAGGUUCGUGAUAUUAACCCAAUACAUCCCACGAUUUAUUCGAAUCUAUCCACUAUAUACAGAAGUGACGAGGACUUCUGGCAUAUUUACUCAAACCCCAUGGGCUGGAGCUGCUUUCAAUCUCUUUAUCUAUAUGCUAGCCAGUCAUAUGAUUGGAUCCUUCUGGUACGUACUCUCGAUCGAUAGGAAAGAUAGCUGCUGGCGUGCUGCAUGCAAGGCUAAUUGUGAUGUCAACUCUCUAUACUGUGGAGAAAAACGUGAGGGGGACUAUGCAUUUCUAACUACAUCUUGCCCUCUUCUUCAACCAGAUGAAAUAAAAAGUUCAUCGGAUUUCGACUUUGGUAUAUUUCUUGAUGCUCUCCAGUCUCACGUGGUAGAAACCAAAGAUUUUCCACAGAAGCUCCUUUUCUGUUUUUGGUGGGGUCUUCGAAAUUUAAGCUCCGUUGGUCAAAACCUCAAGACAAGUACCUAUGUUCCGGAGAUCCUAUUUGCCAUCUUCAUCUCCAUUAUUGGACUCGUCUUAUUUGCACUUCUCAUCGGCAACAUGCAGAAAUAUCUUCAAUCUAUCACUGUCAGAGUAGAAGAAAUGAGGGUAAAAAGGAGGGAUGCAGAGCUAUGGAUGUCCCAUCGUAUGCUCCCUGAUGAACUAAGGGAACGCAUCAGACGCUAUGAACAGUACAAAUGGCAAGAAAACAGGGGAGUUGAUGAACAAUCCCUCAUUCACAACCUACCCAAGGACUUGAAAAGGGACAUAAAGCGUCAUCUUUGCUUGUCUUUACUCAUGAAAGUGCCAAUGUUUCAAACAAUGGAUGAACAGUUGUUGGAUGCUAUGUGUGACCGUCUGAAUCCAGUUCUUUACACAGAGAAUAGCUGCAUAGUUCGAGAGGGAGAUCCAGUAGAUGAGAUGUUGUUCAUCAUACGUGGAGAGUUGCUAACUGUGACCACCAAUGGUGGAAGAACCGGAUUCUUCAACUCCACUUACCUCAAGGGAGGUGACUUUUGUGGAGAUGAACUUCUGACAUGGGCGUUGGAUCCAAACUUGUCUUCAAGUCUUCCCCUUUCAACUAGAACAGUGCGACCAGUUACAGAUGUUGAAGCUUUUGCUCUAAAGGCUGAUGACCUCAAGUUUGUAGCGUCCCAGUUCAGACGUCUACACAGCAAGCGGCUCCAGCAUACCUUUAGGUACCACUCACAGCAGUGGAGGACAUGGGGAGCUUGUUUUAUACAGGUUGCAUGGCGUAGACACUGUAGAAAGAAGCAAGAGCAGACAUUGCGGGAGGAGGAAAAGAGACUGCGGGAUGCAUUAGCAAAGGUUGGGGAAAGCUCCUCCCCAAGCCUUGGUGCCGCCAUCUAUGCAUCCAGGUUUGCCUCUAAUAUGUUACACAACUUGAAGAGGAAUCGUUCAAAUAGUCCUAAAUUAUUGCCGACUAUGGUACUGUCAAUGCUACCACAGAAACCAGUCGACCCCGAUUUUAGUGCUGUAGAUCCUGAAUAAGGUACACAGCUUCUCCAAAAAAGCCUCAAGAGUUUAUACAUAGUUUUACUCGACAUCCUAUUCUGUAUAGAUUAUAUAUAUGCAGUUUGUUCUUCCUAUUUUUGGCAUUUGUAUAUUAUUAGUCUGUGAAUCUUAAAAGUAUUAGUAUCGUCUUAAAGGCAUUAUUUAGAAAAGAAAUUGGUAAUUACCGUAGAUUUACU